AUGGCAGCCGUUCAAUUAUCUUUUUCUUUGCGAACAUCCUCCGGGGUUAAGACCGUUCAUCUUCUCGGUUCUUGGGACAACUACUCCGGACAACUACCCUUAGCUAAGGACAAGACUUCAUCCAAAUCUGGUGCGUGGAAAGGCACAUUCCGAUUCCAGGGCGCAACGCUCGAGCCUGGACAACGAUACUGGUACUACUACAUCAUCGACGGCUACCAUGUAUCCCAUGACCCUGGACAAUCAUCCACCACCGAACCAACAACUGGCCGAGUUCUGAACAUUCUUGAUGUUCCCAGCGACAAGAAGUCUUCGCAUUCCUCAUCAAAGUCAUCUUCCAAGAGUAGCUCAUCGAAACACUCCUCCUCUUCAGACAAAGACAGAAAGUCAUCCAGGCAUCACUCAAGCCGAGACAAGCAUUCUUCGUCGUCAUCUCGACGAGAAUCAAGACGUGAUAGUCUCAAUCUUUCAGUCGACAUCCCAAAGGGCCGUCCCUUGUCUGUCUCCCAGAUCAAGUCGCCAAAGCCACUCACACCACAUGCGACCAAGUACAUUUUGGAAGCCGACUAUGGCGCCCCAACUGUUGAGGAGUUGACCUCUCGUUUCAGCACCACCACCAUCGACGAAUACGACUACGACCUGUCAGGUUCGCCACCAUCGUCCGUCGGCUCCAGCUUGUCAAGCCGCUCAGACAGCAGUUCACCAAGCUCAGCCAGCUCCAUCAGUGACUACAGCUCUCCUUCAUCCGCGAGCUGUACUUGUGAGCGAUACGGCAUCACACGAGCUGGUGACCGAGUCAAGCUUGACUGUGGAGGUUCGAGAUGCGGCUACAGUGAUGACUCUAGCUCUUGCUGUUCAUCCGGCGAGGAAGAGUACAUCCCCGCAAGCUCUCGACGUCAAGGCGUCGUGGUCAGACGAUGA